CAGUCUCGCGGCGCCGCCCACAGCGGCAGCGUCGAGGAUGUCCACUUACGCGCCCCGUCACUCGCCCUCCGCGUUCUCUACCCCCGCCUCGACCACCCUCUUCCGCAGGCUCACAUGGGAGGGCACUGUGCCGCUCGAGAUCCGUGUCGACUCCAAGGAGCUGCCCGCCAACUCUGACCGCGGCCUCGAAUGCUACUACAUCCAGGCACCUCGCGUCAGCUACCUCCCGCUGCUCGUCCCAGAGAUCAAGCGAUACCUGCUUGAUGUCGUCUUUGACGAGGCCGCAGCACGCGUAAUCAAGGAGGAGGACUGGUGGUUUGAAAGCGAGGACGGGAAUCUGCUCAAGUGGCACUGGCCCAUCGGGCUCAUAUACGACAACCACUCCAUCUCACAAUCGACGCGGCCCAAUGCCGUGCAGUCCGUCUUCACUCCGCUCCGUCUCGUCCUCCAUCUGGUCUCCCCGCCAACGGAGAAGCUUCUGCUUGCGCCAAGCGCAGAAGCGUGCAAGCAGGCGUUCAUGGGACAGCUCAAGGAGGCCGACUUCAUCCGGUGGGGCAACACGAAGCGCAUGACUGGCCUGCGCAAGGCUGAACAAGACGGUCUCUGGGAGGGGAUCAAAGAGCACAACUUUGACGAGUACUGGCGUGUCGCUUCGAAGAUCACGCCCACGACAACCCCUACGCGCUCACAUUCUCCGCCACCUCCCGCGGCUGCGACGUCGCUCCACACCCGCCCGCCAUCCGCAGACCCCAGUUCCAAUAACACGCCGCCCGACCGCGAUGGCGCUUCAAGCGUGCGGAACGUACCCGUUCGCAUAUAUCUCCCCGACGGUCCGGUCCUACAGGACCUCGUCCCGCCCGUGCUCGAGGAUGGACCGAUACACACCCUCGGCACGUUCCUCUCGGCGCGGUUGCCGUUGCUCUUCCCGCCCCCGGAGACGGGUAAGCAUACGUUGGCGUACGCGCUUCUCCAGGGCGUACACGUACCUCCCGAGGCAGAAAUGGCAUGGCUCGGUGCGUGCAUGGCUGGUGCGGACGGAUGGGUGAACGUGUGUGUGGGUCUGCUGAGGGAGGCCGCGCGAUAGGCGGCGGCGGCGGAUGCGCUGUACUGUAUGUAUACCCGUAUAUAGAUUCUACCCUUCCAUGCUUU